AAUCAGAUGAGCUCGAUCUCGAUAAUCCAUAUGUCUCUGUGCUGCUGAAACAUGAUGGAAGUGAAUAUCUGCUGUGCACUCUCAAAUAUAAUGCAAUUCUUCAAGUGAACCUCAAUUUACGUUUUUCACAAGGAGAAAAUAUUACUUUUUACUUGAGAGGGAAAGGUCCAGUUCAUCUGAGUGGAUAUCAUAUACUCAGUGACAACGAUGUGCAAGAGGAGCAAACAGUAGUGACGGUCAAUCAUUCUGGGAAUGUUGAAAAUGAUGCAGAAGCCUCUGAAGCCGGAAACAACUAUGAAGAACAAGAAACUGAAGAACAAGAACCAGUUGGCAAUUAUGAGAAUGAAGAAGAAUCCGAUGAUGAUGAUGAUGAAGAAGAAGAAGAUGAUGAUGAACUGCUUGAAGAAAUAGAUGGAAAUGCUAUAGUUAGCUGGGAAGAACGACGUGCAAAGAAGAUCGCAAAGCAGUUGUGUGCAGCAGCAGUGGUGGAUAAUAAUGAGGAGGAUAACGAAGAAGAAGAUGUAGAUUUUGCUAUAGGCAUGAAGCUUCCUGAUGAAGAAGAUGAUGAUGAAAAUGACGAUGAAGUGAAUGAAGAGGAGGAGGAGAAUGGGCUCGAAGAUGAUGAUGGAAAUGAAGAUGAAGAGGUAGAAGAAGAGGGUUCAUCAGACAAUGAUGAGGAGUGUGAAGAGGAAGAGGAGGAAGUUUUUUCACCUUCCAAAAAAGCUCAGAAUACGACUCCUGGGCCCUCAAAGCGGAAGAUGCCGUUACCUGGCUCACAGGAAAGGAAGAAGAAGAAGAAAAAGUCUGAGCAGGGACAGACGGCCGAAAUUGUAGAACUAGACAGUGAUGUUGUGAAUUUUGAAGAAUUAUCAGAUUCAGAAGAAAUGAAUUCCUCUAUUGGCCACACACCAAUGCCUAAAAAAAAAUUCACGUCGUCCAUAAAGCCUAAUUCUUCACCCCUACUCAAUAAGAGAAAGAAAAUUCAGGAUUUUGUUAAAGAAAAGUUGUUGUCUAGCGGCGCAUACAGUAAACAAUUAUCUUGCGGAAUUGAGUACGAAGAUGUAAAGAUUGGAAGUGGGCCAAUGGCAAGACGUGGAAAAUAUGUCCAUGUGAAUUUCGUGGGAAAACUGGAAAGUGGCAAGAUUUUUGACGAUAGGAGUGGGGGAAAACCAUUCAGCUUCAGGAUGGGCGAAAAACACGUCAUUAGAGGCUUGGAUCGUGGCAUUGAAGGUAUGAAAGUUGGUGGGAAAAGAAGGCUGAAGAUUCCUUCCAAUCUGGGGUAUGGAAAGGCAGGCAACGAUAAGAUUCCUCCGGAUAGCGUUCUUUAUUUUAUAGUGGAAUUAAAAGCUGUGAGUUGAGAAUGUGAUUCUAAAGUGUUAUAUAUUUUAUCGUGCUGUAAUAAGUCUUGUAAAUAAACAUUACAUUCAGAUUUUUCAA